GCAAAAAAAAAAAGUACGAAAGAACAAUUUUUUAUUGGGAAAAAGGGUAAAAAAGAAGCAUUGUUCUCUUUCUAGUUUGAAUGGUAAAGGCAGUCAAAGGCGUUUUAUUAGAGUGUGAUAGCACCGUAAAACAAAUUGUAUUAAAUUUAAACAAAAGAGGCAAUUUUGUUAUUGAAGACUUGGACGACACUCAUUUAUUCAUUGAAUCUUCUUGGGUCGAUCAACUCAAAUACGAAUUAGAUAAAAUCUUGGACGAGAAUUCAUAUACUGUCACAACCACUUCUGACGACAAGGACGGCAAGAAAUAAACAACUUACACACGCAUUUCGAAUAACCAAAACACACACACACACACACACACACACACACACACACACACAC